GUGAGCAGACUUCAUGUCCCAGAAUCCUCUCUGAGAGCGCGCCUCACUUCCUGUUUCCCGUCUUCGUCCGGCUGGUUGGAUGAGUCCGGAACUGCAACAGAACCGCGAGCUGUGAUUGGCCAAACCGGGGAGCCAGGCGAGCCGUCAUGGCGGACGUGGACCCGGACACCCUGCUGGAGUGGCUCCAGAUGGGCCAGGGCGACGAGCGCGACAUGCAGCUGAUCGCGCUGGAGCAGCUCUGCAUGCUGCUGCUCAUGUCGGACAACGUGGACCGCUGCUUCGAGACGUGCCCCCCGCGGACCUUCUUGCCGGCGCUCUGUAAGAUCUUCCUGGACGAGAGCGCGCCCGACAACGUGCUGGAGGUCACGGCGAGGGCCAUCACCUACUACCUGGACGUGUCGGCCGAGUGCACGCGGAGGAUCGUGGGCGUGGACGGUGCCAUCAAGGCGCUGUGCAACCGUCUGGUGGUGGUGGAGCUCAACAACCGGACCAGCCGGGACCUGGCGGAGCAGUGCGUGAAGGUGCUGGAGCUGAUUUGCACACGAGAGUCUGGCGCCGUCUUCGAGGCCGGCGGCCUCAACUGCGUGCUGAGCUUCAUUCGGGACAGCGGGCACCUGGUCCACAAGGACACGCUGCACUCGGCCAUGACGGUGGUGUCGCGGCUCUGCAGCAAGAUGGAGCCCCAGGACUCGUCCCUGGAGACGUGCGUGGAGUCUCUGUCCAGCCUGCUGAAGCACGAGGACCACCAGGUGUCCGACGGAGCCCUGCGCUGCUUCGCCUCUCUGGCCGAUCGCUUCACCCGCCGCGGCGUGGAUCCCGCCCCUCUGGCCAAACACGGCCUGACGGAGGAGCUCCUGUCCCGCAUGGCUGCGGCCGGCGGGACCGCAUCGGGCCCCUCCUCUGCCUGCAAGCCCGGCAGGACCUCCACCGGCGCCACCCCUCCCACGCCAGACUCCAAGCUGAGCAACCAGGUGUCCACCAUAGUCAGCCUGCUGUCCACGCUCUGCCGCGGCUCCCCGCUGGUCACACACGACCUGCUGCGCUCUGCGUUGCCGGACUCCAUGGAGUCGGCGCUGGGCGGCGACGAGCGCUGCGUGCUGGACACCAUGCGGCUGGUGGACCUGCUGCUGGUUCUUCUGUUUGAGGGACGCAAGGCCUUGCCCAAGUCCACGGCCGGGUCCACGGGCCGCAUCCCGGGCCUGCGGCGCCUGGACAGCUCCGGGGAGAGGUCACACCGACAGCUCAUUGACUGUAUCCGCAGCAAAGACACGGACGCUCUGAUCGACGCCAUCGACACUGGAGCAUUCGAGGUCAACUUCAUGGACGACGUGGGCCAAACGCUGCUCAACUGGGCGUCGGCCUUCGGCACGCAGGAGAUGGUGGAGUUCCUGUGCGAGCGCGGCGCAGACGUCAACCGCGGCCAACGCUCGUCCUCGCUGCACUACGCUGCCUGUUUUGGACGACCGCAGGUCGCCAAGACUCUGCUCCGUCACGGUGCGAACCCCGACUUGAGGGACGAGGACGGCAAGACUCCCCUGGACAAGGCUCGAGAGCGAGGCCACAGCGAGGUGGUGGCCAUCCUGCAGUCUCCCGGUGACUGGAUGUGUCCGGUGAACAAAAGCGACGACAAGAAGAAGAAAGAUGUGAACAAAGAGGACGAGGAGGGAGGAGAACCCAGAGGAGACCCUGAGAUGGCCCCCAUCUACCUGAAGAGACUCUUGCCUGUUUUUGCACAAACCUUUCAGCAAACCAUGCUGCCUUCAAUCAGGAAAGCCAGUCUGGCUCUGAUCCGGAAGAUGGUCCACUACAGCAGUGAAGUUCUGCUGAAGGAGGUGUGUGACAGUGAGGUGGGCCACAACCUGCCCACGGUGUUGGUGGAGAUCACAGCCACAGUCCUGGACCAGGAGGACGACGAUGAUGGUCACCUGUUGGCUCUUCAGAUCAUCAGAGACCUGGUGGACAAGGGAGGGGACGUGUUCCUGGACCAGCUCGCGCGACUGGGGGUCAUCAACAAAGUGUCCACUCUGGCUGGACCCACGUCGGAUGACGAGAAUGAGGACGAAGCCAAGCCGGAGAAGGAGGAGGAGGCGCAGGAGGACGCCAGAGAGAUCCAGCAGGGGAAGCCGUACCACUGGAGGGACUGGUCCAUCAUCCGGGGCCGCGACUGCCUCUACAUCUGGUCCGACGCUGCUGCGCUGGAACUCUCCAACGGAUCCAACGGUUGGUUCCGCUUCAUCCUGGACGGGAAACUGGCCACCAUGUACUCCAGCGGGAGUCCCGAGGGCGGCUCCGACAGCUCCGAGUCUCGCAGCGAGUUCCUGGAGAAGCUCCAGCGGGCCCGCAGUCAGGUGAAGCCGGUGACGGUCAGUCAGCCGGUCCUGUCCAGCGUGGGCCCCUGUAAGCUGACGGUGGGGAACUGGUCCCUGACCUGCCUGAAGGACGGCGAGAUCGCCAUCCACAACUCCGACGGCCAGCAGGCCACCAUCCUGAAGGAAGACCUGCCCGGCUUCGUCUUUGAGUCCAACAGAGGCACCAAGCACUCGUUCACAGCCGAGACCUCGCUGGGUUCUGAGUUUGUGAUGGGCUGGACCGGGAAGCGGGGGAGGAAGCUCAAGUCCAAGCUGGAGAAGACCAAGCAGCGGGUGAAGUGCAUGGCGCGCGAGCUGUACGACGACCAUUUCAAGGCCGUGGAGAGCAUGCCCCGGGGGGUGGUGGUCACGCUGAGGAACAUCUCCACCCAGCUGGAGUCCUCGUGGGAGCUGCACACCAAGAGACAGAGCUCGGAGGGCGAGAACACCUGGAGGGACCUGAUGAAGACGGCUCUGGAGAACCUGAUCGUGGUCCUGAAGGACGAGAGCACCAUCUCACCGUACGAGAUGUGCAGCAGCGGCCUGGUGCAGGCGCUCUUCACCGUCCUCAACAAUAGCACUGACCUGGACCUGAAACACGAUUGUAAGCCUCUGAUGGAGAGAAUCAAUGUUUUCAAAGCUGCCUUCAGCGAGAACGAAGAUGACGAAAGUCGACCCGCGGUGGCCUUAAUCCGGAAGCUGAUCGCGGUCUUGGAGUCCAUCGAACGUCUACCUCUCCACCUUUACGACUCCCCUGGAUCCUCCUACAACUUGCAGAUCCUGACCCGGAGGCUGCGCUUCCGUCUGGAGCGGGCGCCUGGAGAGACGGCGCUGAUCGACCGCACAGGCCGCAUGUUGAAGAUGGAGCCGCUGGCCACGGUGGAGUCUCUGGAGCAGUACCUGCUGAAGAUGGUGGCCAAGCAGUGGUACGACUUCGAGCGCUCGUCGUUCGUCUUCGUGAGGAAGCUUCGGGAAGGACAGACCUUCACCUUCAGACACCAACACGACUUUGAUGAGAACGGUCUCAUCUACUGGGUCGGAACCAACGCCAAGACGGCGUACGAGUGGGUCAAUCCUGCCGCCUACGGCCUCGUGGUGGUGACAUCAUCGGAGGGGCGCAACCUUCCAUACGGUCGUUUGGAGGACAUCCUGAGUCGCGACAGCUCCGCCCUCAACUGCCACACCAACGACGACAAGAAUGCCUGGUUCGCCGUCGACCUCGGCCUCUGGGUCAUUCCCUCCGCCUACACGCUCCGACAUGCCAGGGGCUACGGGCGCUCGGCCCUGAGGAACUGGGUCUUCCAGGUGUCCAAAGACGGUCAGAACUGGACGACACUCUACACCCACGUGGACGACUGCAGCCUGAAUGAGCCAGGGUCCACAGCCACGUGGCCCCUGGACCCGUCCCGGGACGAGAAGCAGGGAUGGAGGCACAUCCGGAUCAAGCAGAUGGGCAAGAACGCCAGUGGUCAGACUCACUACUUGUCUCUGUCGGGUCUGGAGCUGUACGGCUCCGUCACAGCCGUGUGUGAGGACCAGCUCGGUAAAGCUGUGAAGGAGGCGGAGGCCAACCUUCGGCGCCAGCGCCGCUUGUUCCGCUCUCAGGUGAUGAAGUACAUUGUGCCUGGAGCUCGGGUCGUCCGGGGUAUCGACUGGAAGUGGAGGGAUCAGGAUGGAAACCCGGCGGGAGAGGGGACAGUCACUGGAGAGGCCCAUAACGGCUGGAUUGAUGUGACGUGGGACGCCGGCGUCUCUAACUCGUACCGCAUGGGCGCUGAAGGAAAGUUUGACCUGAAGCUGGCUCCCGGGUACGACCCGGAGUCGGCUGCCACAGCGCCGUCACCCAAACCUGUCUCAUCCGCUGUUUCAGGCCCCGCCUCCUCCCUGGUGGGACCUUCGCUCACGCCGGCCUCCGCUGGCGCAACCACAGCCUCGCUGUCGGCGACGCAGCAGCAGUCGUGGAGCGCGCUGGUGAAGAACAACUGUCCAGACAAGGGCAGCGCCACGGCGGUGGGCGGGGCCGGCUCCUCCAGCAGGAAGGGCAGCAGCAGCUCGGUCUGCAGCGUGGCGUCCUCCUCCGACAUUAGCCUGGGCUCCUCAGCCGGGGGACCCGGUGCCAGCCUGCGGCUGGACAGGAGGGUGGAGGGACUUCUGCUGGAUCAGGGCUCCGGGGUGGGAUCAGGAGGCGGGGCCGCUUCGGACAGCCAGCAGCACGAGCCUGUUGUGGUGCUGUCUGCGGCGGUGGAGGCAGGUUCCGGGUCGGCGUCCAGCUCCGGCACCAUCACCGCCGACCCGUCCGCCCCGGACGAGGACGCUAGAAAUAAAGACUCUUCCACUGACCCGGCGAUCGCCAUAUCCUUGGGCCUGGUCAGCGUCAGCUCGCCGGACGUCAGCUCGGUGUCAGAGUCCUCCAGCAAGGACGUGCCGUCCCAGCGGCCCCUCUGCUCGGCCGCCAACGCCCGUCUGUCGGUCAGCUCGCUGCUGGCCGCCGGGGCUCCCAUGAGCUCCAGCGCCAGCGUGCCCAAUCUGUCGUCCCGGGAGGCCAGCCUCAUGGAGUCUUUCGUCCGGCGAGCGCCCAACAUGUCGCGCACCAACGCAACCAACAACAUGAACUUGAGUCGCAGCAGCAGCGACAACAACACCAACACACUGGGACGCAACGUGAUGAGCACUGCCACGUCGCCUCUCAUGGGCGCCCAGAGUUUCCCGAACCUGACCACCACCGGCACCACGUCCACCGUCACCAUGUCCACCUCCAUAGUGACCAGCAGCAACAACGUGGCCACGGCCACCACCGGCCUCUCUGUGGGUCAGCUGCUGAGCAACACCCUGACCACCAGCCUGACGUCCACGUCCAGCGAGAGCGACACGGGGCAGGAGGCCGAGUUCUCACUCUACGACUUCCUGGACAGUUGCCGUGCCAACACGUUGCUGGCCGAGCUGGACGACGAGGAAGAUCUUCCAGAACCCGACGACGAUGACGACGAGAACGAAGACGACAAUCAGGAGGACCAGGAGUACGAGGAGGUCCUGGUAGGUGCACCGUCGUGUGGGGCGGCGAGUGGAGUGGAACAGGAAGUAGGCCAUGGUUCUGAUCUGCAGGAGGAAGAGGAGUACGAGACCAAAGGAGGUCGCAGGAGAACCUGGGACGACGAUUUCGUCCUCAAGAGGCAGUUCUCGGCUCUGGUCCCGGCCUUUGACCCCAGACCAGGAAGAACCAAUGUCCAGCAGACCACAGAUCUGGAGAUCCCCCCUCCGGGAACCCCUCGCUCUGAGGUUCAGGAGGAAGUGGAGUGUGCCCCCUCUCCUCACCUGGCGCUCACCCUCAAGGUGGCUGGUCUGGGUUCUGCCCGGGAGGUGGAGCUUCCUCUGGCCAACUACAAGUCCACCAUCUUCUACUACGUCCAGAAGCUGCUGCAGCUGUCCUGCAGCGGCUCUGUGAAGACUGACAAACUGAGGCGCAUCUGGGAGCCCACGUACACGAUCAUGUACCGGGAGCUGAAAGACUCGGACAAGGAGAAGGAGAGCGACAAGAGUGAGACUCAGGAGGCCACUCUUGAAACUCUUUCCUGGCUGCUGUGUUCCAACAUGCCAUCUGCUUCCUCUCAGGAGUUCUGUGAACACAUCACUGGGGGGCGCUCCGGGGGCCUCAGUCCCAGCUCUCUGUCAGCCAACCACAGCAGUGAAAUCCUGGGAGGAGGCAAAGAGGCGGCGCAGGCCAAGGCCGGCUGCAGCCAGAACGCCUGCGGCGUGGAGGACGUCCUGCAGCUGCUGCGCAUCCUCUACAUCAUCGGCGCCGAUGCCAGCUCCAACCCCCGCUCGCUGCAGGAGGAUGUGGAGGAGCUGCAGUUCAACGCUGCUCCAGAGGAGUUCACCAGUAAGAAGAUCACCACCAAGAUCCUGCAGCAGAUCGAGGAGCCCUUGGCUUUAGCCAGCGCGGCGCUGCCCGACUGGUGCGAGCAGCUGACCUCCAAGUGUCCUUUCCUGAUUCCCUUCGAGACCAGACAGCUCUACUUCACCUGCACGGCCUUCGGAGCCUCCAGGGCUAUCGUGUGGCUACAGAACCGCCGCGAGGCCACCAUGGAGCGCUCCCGCCCCUCCACCACGGUGAGGCGCGACGACCCGGCCGAGUUCCGAGUGGGCCGUCUCAAGCACGAGCGGGUCAAGGUGCCGCGAGGUGACGCCAUGAUGGAGUGGGCGGAGUCUGUCAUGCAGCUGCAUGCCGACAGGAAGUCGGUGUUAGAGGUGGAGUUCCAAGGCGAGGAGGGCACGGGCCUGGGCCCCACCCUGGAGUUCUACGCUCUGGUGGCGGCGGAGUUCCAGCGCACGUCUCUGGGGAUGUGGCUCUGCGACGACGACUUCCCUGACGACGAGUCGCGGCAGGUGGACCUGGGCGGGGGUCUGAAGCCCCCCGGCUUCUACGUGCAGCGCUCCUGCGGCCUCUUCCCCGCACCCUUCCCCCAGGACAGCGAGGAGCUGGAGCGCAUCACCCAGCUCUUCCACUUCCUGGGCGUCUUCCUGGCCAAGUGCAUCCAGGACAACCGGCUGGUGGACCUGCCCGUGUCGCGGCCCUUCUUCCGGCUGCUCUGCAUGGGCGACAUCAAGUCCAACAUGAGCAAGCUGCUGUACCAGUCCCGGGGUCUGGUCCCGGGCCAGGACCCCGGCCAGGCGCCGCCCUUCCUGCUGCGGUCGGAGGCCUCCACCCAAAGCACGGGCAGCUUCGAUGAGGACUCCAAGUCCGAGUUCAUCAUGGACCCGCCCAAACCCAAGCCCCCGGCCUGGUACCACGGCAUCCUGACCUGGGACGACUUCCAGCUGGUCAACCCACACAGGGCUGGCUUCCUGAAGGAGGUCAAGGAGCUGUCGGUGAAGCGGCGACAGAUCGUGUCCAGCAAAGUUCUGUCGGAGGACGAGAAGAACACCAGACUGCAGGAGCUGAUGCUGCGGAACCCCCUGGGCUCAGGCCCCCCCCUCAGCAUCGAGGACCUCGGGUUGAACUUCCAGUUCUGCCCGUCCUCCAAGGUUCACGGCUUCUCUGCGGUGGACCUGAAGCCAAACGGAGACGACGAGAUGGUCACCAUGGAGAACGCCGAAGAGUACGUGGAGCUGAUGUUUGACUUCUGCAUGCACCUGGGCAUCCAGAAGCAGAUGGAGGCUUUCCGAGAGGGCUUCAACCGUGUCUUCCCAAUGGAGAAGCUGAGCUCAUUCAGUCAGAAGGAAGUGCAGAUGAUCUUGUGUGGGAACCAGUCGCCGUCCUGGACCGCAGACGAUGUCAUCAAUUACACGGAACCCAAGCUGGGCUACACCAGAGACAGCCCCGGCUUCCUGCGCUUCGUCGGCGUCCUGUGUGGGAUGUCGUGCGACGAGAGGAAAGCUUUCCUGCAGUUCACCACCGGCUGCUCCACGCUGCCCCCCGGUGGCCUGGCCAACCUGCACCCCCGCCUCACCAUCGUCAGGAAGGUGGAUGCCACCGACUCCAGCUACCCCUCGGUCAACACCUGCGUCCACUACCUGAAGCUGCCUGAGUACUCGUCGGAGGACAUCAUGCGCCAGCGGCUGCUGGCCGCCACCAUGGAGAAGGGCUUCCACCUGAACUGAGCGCGCUCGCCAUCUGCCCGUCCCGCCCGCAGCCGGCGGAAGGAGCAGCUCUCCUCCUCCUCCUGCUCCUCUUCAUCGUCCUCCUGUGCGCGCGCACGUGUGGCCCUGCUCCGUCGCUUCCUGGUUUGACUCGUAGCUUCGGUUUUGUAAACAGU